CUUCCAAACUCGCGCAACGUUCCCUUCAUCCCCUCUACCUUUGUUGUGUGAUAUUUACAAUAUUUUUCUCUGAACAUGUGAUUUAUAAAUGAUUUAAAAUAUAAUCGCGGCGCUGAAUCGUAUGUGUAUCUGCCGAAGAUUCUUUUUUUAAAAUCUCGCCAGGUUCUCAAUGGAAGCCCGCUAACGAUAGCGCGCUAGCUAACGUUACAGAAGCUAACUUUAGCUAGCAGCUAGCUGUGUAUGUUCGUGUUGUUUUGAUUCAAGAACAAAUCCAGAGAAAAAAAGCUUCAGCUCCUUCAACGAAAUGACGUCAGCAUCUGCUAAGGUCGGGGAGAUUUUCUCAGCAGCUGGAGCCGCCUUCACCAAACUGGGAGAGUUGACCAUGCAGCUGCAUCCGGUGUCCGACUCCAGCCCUGCAGGAGCCAAAUGGACAGAGACGGAGAUCGAGAUGCUUCGAUUGGCCGUCCGUCGAUUCGGAGACGACCUGAACAACAUCAGCACUGUGAUCAAAGAGCGAACUGUAGCUCAGAUAAAGAGCACGGUGAAGAGGAAGUUGUACGAGGACAGCAGAGUCCCCAUUUCCUCUGAGUCCCCGAAGAAGACCGUCAAGAAAUCUGCUGCCGCCAUGACGCCGGCGCCCACUCCCUCCGCCCCCGCCAUGAUCGCCGUGCCGACCUCGCAGGUUGUCGUGGCAACGGGUAUGCAGAGCAGCCCCUCGCUGGCCCCGCCCAUCAAGAAGCAGAAGACGGCAGACGUGACCCUCAGCGCUCUGAACGACUCGGAUGUGAACAGUGACCUGGUCGACAUCGAAGGACUCGGCGACGGCUCGUCCAGCAAGAAGCUCAACUUUGACCAAGAGAGCCUCAACCUGGACUCAAGCCUCAUCAUGAACUCCAGUGACCUCCCCCUCCUCUCCCGCUGACCUUUGACCUCCCAGAGGAAAGAGAGGGAGCAGCAGGAAUCAUCACGUCGACCGGCCAUCUUUUAUUUUUUUACUCAGUCCCUCCUGUUUCUCUCUUCACCUGAAGUUCAUCCGUCAAUCAUCACGACGCUCCCUCGACUCUGCAGCCACGUUUUCAUUUGAAGUCCGAGGUAGAAAAAAGAAAAUCGUGUCGAGUUUCUGGAUCCAGAGAAGUUUAUUUAUUUUAUUUUUUAAAGAGAACAGGUGACUCUUCGUCCUCGUGUAGAAAUAUCGACUGAUGAACUUCAGGCUUUUUUUUUUUUUUUUCUUUUUAGAAAAACAGAUUGUUCCCAUCAGUGAGUUUUAGUUUCUGCUUCUGUUCAGUUUUAGAAUCAGACAAAAAAAGUCAAAGAAACAGAUUUGUUUUUUACAUCAUGAAGAACGAACAGAGUGAAACCUGUCGAGACGCUUUAACAGAGAAACGAUCAGAGAGACGAGAAAUCAUUCAGCUCUUAUUUCAUUCCCUCAAAAUAAUGAAUAUGCAUCAAUGUGCAGCCUCUCGUUAGUGUCAUUACAUACCGGUCAACAUCUCUUCAAAAUAAACACAAAGAUGUUGGAAAAAACAAACGUGUUCUGAAGGUUUUUUCAAAACAUUCAAAGAUUCUUCGAACCAUCAGGAUUUAACUGAUAAUAACCUUUAAAUUUGCAUCACAUUGUACAAAUUGAGAAAGAAGAUAAGUCACUGUCAUUUGAAGCAGGUUAAACAAAAUAUUUUUCAUCCAGCUGAGUAAAAAAAUUCUGAGGAUUUUGAAAACACCUUCAGGACAACGGUACACAUUGUUACACAGGUACAGGUGUGGGUCUAAACCAACUCUGAACUAUAUCUAUACAUCUCAGCCUGAAGUGAACUCCACACGAUUAAACUGAGGGAACGAAAUGAGUUUCCUGAACCGACUAAUAACCAACAUGAGGAGAUUCCCCUUGAGCCUCAGCAGGACUUUUACUUUGAAAGAUGUUAUUCUGACUUCUCUCCUCUGUCUGUGGCUCUGAGCUCUGAUUGGUUCCUGUUGAAGACGUUAAUCUUUAACACCUCACAGAUAAUAGUUUCAUUUAUAAUGAGGCUGUAAUUAAUAAAAACAUAUUAUUAAUAGAUCAGGUUCCAGAUUCACACACAAUCAUUUUUGUAUGAAACAGGAUUUGUUGACAAAAUGUUGUUAAUCAUGAUGUGAGUGUUUUGACUUUGACCUUUUAUCAAUCAGUGGCUGUGAGUGAUGUAAAAACAUUGUUUUAAUUAUGUUAAGUAAAACAUUUAAAAAGUGAA